AUGGAGUCACUCUCAGCCCCUAUCGGCAGAGGACCUGUCCCCUGGAAUUGGCUCCUGUUGGCAGUUUCACUCUUAAAUUUCUGGAGCCUGCCCACCACUGCCCAACUCGCUAUUGUGUCAACCAAUGCUGUCGAAGGACAGGAUGUGACUCUACGUAUCCGCAAUAUGCCUCCAGUUGUUAGAGGCUUCAAGUGGUACAGGGGAGAAGAGGCAAACUAUGAACAUAAUAUUGCACGUCUUGGAAUGUUGCCAGGACAUAGAGUUGGGCCUGCACACAGCGGUCGAGAGCAAAUAAACUUUGAUGGAUCCUUGCUGAUAAAGAGGGUCACCCUGAAGGACACAGGAAUCUACACCAUAGUAGUCUACCUUCGGGGCUCCAAAAAAGAAGAAAUUGGAUUUGGAUGGCUCAAUGUAUAUGAGCGAGUGAGAGUGCCCACCCUCCUAGUCAGCAAAACCACAGUCACAGAGAAUAAGGAUUCCGUGGUCCUUAUCUGCUACACAAAUGCAGACUCCAUCCAGUGGUUCUUCAAUGGCAUGAAUCUGCGGCUGACGAGGCGGAAGAAGCUGUCCUGGAAUGACCGAACCCUCACCAUUGACCCUGUCUGGAAGGAGGAUGCUGGGAAUUACCACUGUAACGUGUCCAACCCCAUCAGUUUCGUUGCAACUCAUACUUUGCUUAAACUGCUGAACAUUAGCAAUGACCCUGACACCGUUGUCACUGUCAUCACUGAUAUCAUGGUCAUCAAGCAUCAACAUCAGCAGGCAUCCACUAUCAACCUUUAG